GAAGCAGAACGGGAGCCACAACCAGCACUUACGAGUUCCCAAUUCCUGUCAGGGAAGCGCUGUCGUUGUACUUCGGCACCGGUUGCCGGGGCGACGCUCCGCUACGCGGCCUUAGAAAGGGCCCUUUUGUCCGCCACAAUGGGCCCCCCCCCCCAACCCGAGCCCCGAACCCCCGCGCUCGUUCCCUCUGUCGGGAGCAAACCGAGCGUGCGGGUUUGGUCACGUGUCUGAGCGCUAGGCUAGCGAGAGCGCCGCCGUCAGGCAAAGGUCAAAGGUGACUUUUGCCGCGGACGAUGAAAAGCACGCGCGGAGGCAAAGAUUCACGUCGUGUAUCAAGAUGCCAUUUGUUACAUUUGCAACAAGCCUGCGCCAUGCGACGCUUCCUUCGGUCAGAAAUUUGAGUCCAAGGAUCUUGAAUGUCAAGAGGUGAGAAGGGGAACGAAGCUUGACGUCAUCGAGGCCACCCGCUCCUCCUCCUGCCGCUCCGCCCCCUCCUCCGCCGGUCGGUACGAGGAGCGGCGAGGCUGCUGCGCCUUUUCUCUCUGCGAGCGUCAAGUGAAAGCACGCGAUGACGAGGUGAAGGCCAGGCGGCGGCGGCGGCCAUGGCCGACCCCCGGCGCUCGGACCUGAUCGCCAGGCACUACAACUACACGGGCAAGCUGCGCGGGCGGGACGACGGCGCCCGGACGGGCCUGAAGGCCGACUCGGCCGUCUUCCUGGGGGUGUGCUGCCUGAUCGUGCUGGAGAACCUGCUGGUGCUGGCCACCAUCUGGAGGACCAAGAAGUUCCACCGGCCCAUGUUCUACUUCCUGGGCAACCUGGCGCUGUCGGACCUGCUGGCGGGCGCGGCCUACGCCGCCAACAUCCUGCUGUCGGGCGCCAACACCUACAGGCUGACGCCCACCCAGUGGUUCCUGCGCGAGGGCUCGGUGUUUGCGGCGCUGGCGGCGUCCGUCUUCAGCCUGCUGGCCAUCGCCGUGGAGCGCCACCUCACCAUGCUGAAGAUGAAGGUGGGCGGGCUCGGCGGCGGCGGCGGCGGGCAGGGCGGGCGGCGAGGCCGCGUCCUGCCGCUCCUGGGCGCCGCCUGGGCGCUGGCGGCCCUGCUGGGCGGCCUGCCGCUGAUGGGCUGGAACUGCGUGGGCCGGCUGGAGCGCUGCUCCACCGUGCUGCCGCUCUACCACAAGACCUACAUCGUCUUCUGCACCAGCGUCUUCAGCGUCAUCCUCAUGGCCAUCGUGGCGCUCUACGCCCGCAUCUACGCCCUGGUGCGCGCCCGGCGGCCGGCCGGCGGCGGCGGCUGCGAGCGCUCCAUGGCGCUGCUGCGCACGGUGGUGCUGGUGCUGAGCUGCUUCAUCGCCUGCUGGACGCCGCUCUUCGUGCUGCUGCUGCUGGACGCCGGCUGCCGCGCGCACGCCUGCGCCGUCCUCUACCGGGCCCAGUGGUUCCUGGCGCCGGCCGUGCUCAACUCGGCCACCAACCCGCUCAUCUACACGCUGACCAGCGACGAGAUGCGCCGCGCCUUCCUCCGGACGCUGCUGUGCGGCCAAUUCGGCCGCUCGGAAGAGUCCUGGCGCCCCGACGGGGACGGGGCCCGGGGUUCCCCCCCGCCGGCCGAGGCCGCCCCUCCCUCUUCCUGA